UCUAAGUCAGUUAAACAGAAUACAAGGCACAGAGCCCGACACAAAAAACAUAAAUACCUAAAAACAAUGCAGAAAAGUUAUGCAGCUAAUACGUACAAGCCGAAAUCCAAGGGAAAGUAUGCCUUUGGCAUUGGUUUCUAUAGAAAAAACACCGAGUUGGAGGAUCGAACGACCAGCAAUCGCGAUUAUGGAUUAAAAAGUACCAAGGGAUCGGCAACCCCAUACCCGCAGAGGCAGCAGAAAUUGGAUCACUCGAUGUUAACGGCCAAAUUGGAGUCGAAUAGUCUGAACCGAUCGGAAUUAAGCGAGACCUCGCUGUGCAUCUCCGACAAGACACACUUCUCGGAACCACAAGGGGAAUCCAUAGCUUCCAGCGAAGCCACGUUCGAGAUGAGGCGAAAACUAUUCGACGAGGGCGAGUUCACCAUCUGCAAGGGACGCAAAAUGAGCCUGGAAUUUCAUCAUACGGACGAAGAUCAAGGCCAUCUAUUUAACCAACAUCAGAAGGCCAAUGAUAAUUUCCCCUGUAGCAAUUACAUGGAUCUGAAAAACUUCUGCGUCCAGAACAACAUUAAAUUAUUAUAAAGCGUUCUCCAUUGCUGUCAUCGAAUUAGGAGCGGGAAUAAAGUGCAGGAGUCGGGAAUUCCAACUCCGCAUCUCCAGCAUCUGUCCCUCUUGAAAGUGUCACUCACGGAGGAUAAAUGGUGCCAAGUGCAGCGGAAAAACCAGGAUGCAAGUGAGAGUGAAGAGUUGUGAAGUGGCCCGACCAAAAGAUACCUGCUACCCAGUUCAUUCUUGCUAGGCACUUUUCCAACUUCAAAGAAUUACCGGGCAUUCCAUUCAUUUACAAGCUUUAAAGCCCCUAGUAGGCUUACUAAUAAAAAAUCUUAUAAAGGUUUAGUAAACAAGA